AUGAGGAACUCGAGUCUGCAAUCCCGAGUAGAGUCCUUCUUAGUCUACAAAUCGAAGAGGCCACCCAUUCUAAACGGAACCUAUGGACCUUUCUCGGUUGAACAAGUGGUCCCCCAGGACCUGCUGUCCCCUUCAAAUCCAUUUGGAUCCACUGCCGCCAAGUUCUCUUUUAACUGGAAGCUGAAGGCCUACAUCAUGAACACCAAAAUCUACCCAAGUAGGCCCAAAGUCCAGGUUCUCUUUUAUAUUGUCGGGAGAGACUGGGAUGAUUACAGUGUGACUGAAAGUCUACCUUGCUUAAGGGUGUUUGCUUUUCGAGAGACGAGGGAAGUCCGAGGUAGCUGUAGGCUGAAGGGAGAUCUGGGAUUAUGCGUGGCUGAGUUGGGACUUCUUCCCAGCUGGUUUAACCCACCAACAGUGGUUGCGGGCCGCAAGAAACAACAGAAUCAGUCAGAAGGGAGUCCAGUGGAACUUUACUAUGCUAUCCAACAUGGCGAUGAGAAAGGGGGUUGUGCCAAGGAGGACGUAAGGAAAAACAAUGGGAUCAGACCUGGACGGAACGAUAUUGAUGAAUCAGGGCCACCCUUGCAGAGGAUUGGGAGUGUUUUCCUUUACCAGACGCGAGGCACUCCUUCCUUAAGUGAAAUGCGGUUGGAUAGUAACAUUGCUAUCCAGUAUAUACCAAAGACCGUCAAGCAAGGAGACGUCCUGACCUUCAUUGUCUCUAUCGCUAAAAACUCAACUGUGGACCAGUUCACAUUGAGGGCCAAGGUCAAGAAAGGGGUGAAUGUUUUCAGCAUAAGAUCCAGCAAUCCAUACACAUGGGACGUCCAAAAGAGUGUGGAUUAUAUUGGGAAAUAUGCCCCGGCUGUUAUAUUUUGUCGAAGGAAAUCAACUCCCGUGGGAAAAAGCUGUGCAGCUGGCACCCAGAAAAGGCUCCCUUUUUCCAUUUACCUGCUGCCACCACCAUCCGCCGCCACCAUCCUUGCUUCCGCUGCCACCGACACAUAUGACCGGAAGUAG